AUGAAGCCCGCUCUCGCGGUUCUACUAGCCGCGACCCUCGUGGCCGUCGCCGCCUCCGUAAGCGUGGACGAAUGGAAGGACGGCCUCGCCAGCGAACCUCAGGCUGUGCUCCAGGCGCAGUGUCCGGGCAAUUGCGGGGUGCAGGAUCGGCACGGCCAGUGCGGAGCCGACGGUCGCUGUGUGUGCCAGGACCAGUGGGGCGGCCAGGACUGCUCCAUCCCGGUGGGAACGUUGGUCUCGGGCCAGAAUGUGGUGGACAGCGUGGAGGGCGGGGCCUGGCGCUACUUCGUGACGGACACCCAGCCCGGGCAGGUGCUGACGUGGACCGUCAACUCGACGGGCGACUGCGACCUCUACGUGCGCCACGACAGCAUCCCCACGCGCCGGGACUACGACCAGAACGACAUCGGCCUCAGCACGUCGUUCACGCUGCAGGCGGUCAACAACCGGAGCCGCCGCUGGUACACCGGCGUGCACGGCUUCAUGCAGUGCGACUACACCAUCCGCGUCACCGUCACCGGAGGCAGCAGCGGUGGUGAGUGCCCAAGGGGUGCAGCGGCCACGGCACGUUGCCAGUGCCAGGAGUACUGGGGCGGCCUGGACUGCUCCACCCCCGUGACGAGGCUCAACCUGAACCAGCCGGCGGCGAACACCGUGGCCCAGAUGGCGUGGCAGUACUACUUCUUCUUUGUCAACGACCUCCACGCUCUGACCGUCCAGCUCAACGAAACGCGCUCCGGCGGCGACGCCGAUCUGUUCAUCAAGUUCGGCGCCCUGCCCAACCACACCUCGUUCGACUACCGCGACAUCAGCACCGCCUCGUCAGCCAGGCUGGCGGUGCAGCCCGCCAGUGCCUCCACCACCAUGUACGUUGGCAUCUACGGAUUCGUGUCGACUUCCUACAAACUCCUCGUCACCCAAGAGAGCUCGUGCCCCAGUCAAUGCUCGCGCCACGGACAGUGCUCAGGCACCACGUGCCGAUGCAGCUACCAGUUCUCUGGUCGCCUUUGCGAAACCAUGAAUCAGCCCUUGGCCGACAACCAGGCCAUUGAUGGUUACGUGGCGGACGGCGUCUGGAACUACUACCACUUCUCGUCGAGCUCUCUCUCAGCCAUCACCAUCGAAGUCGACCAGGAGGACGGGGACAGCGCCGCGGACUGCGACAUCUAUGUGAGGGCGGGCUCGAUGACCAUCGCCAUCCCCGAGCCCCAGUUCAACACGUGGUACAUCGGUAUCUACGGAAACCGGAAGUGCGCGUACCAGGUGCGGCAGUACAUGUCGACGUCGUGCGUCGCGGGCUGCACCCCGCCCUACGGCGCCUGCACCACCGAGCACACCUGCUACUGCUACCCCGGCUGGGCCGGCGACAACUGCCGCAUCCCGGUGGUCCCCUUGGGUGUGGGCCAGACGGUGGAGGGAUCGCUGGGUCCCAACCAGAUCACGUACUACGUCUUCAACGCGUCGUCCUCGCUCGCUUCCAUCGGCCUCCUCGAGGUCGAGCCCUGGGCACGGGGCUACUACUGGCUGUUCGUGGGCACGGAGGUGGUGCCCGACCAGGAGAACUACGACUACUCGGACAAGGAGACCAACACGCCCUACCACCAGAUCGACAUCCCGAUCGGCGCCUCGGCCAACGAGACCGUCGCCCUCUACAUCGGCGUCUACGGAUCGCCAUUCGACCUGGCCGGCCCCAACCACCCUCCCGCCCACUUCAAGCUCACCGGUACAGCUCCGCCUCCAUGA